AUGGCCAACGACGAUCUUAUCAAGACUGUUCGAGGUCUCGACCAGAACGGACCGGGCCAGGAUGGCGCAAAUCUCGACCGACUCUGGACCUUCCUGACUGCCUCGUCCGAUAGUCAGUUCCAUGCGGCUGAGGAGAGUAGCCUGCGAUGGCUCCUCAAGUCCAUGAACGGGUCUACCCCGGCUGCGGAGACGCUGCGACGAUACCCGCUGACCUGGAGGCUCAUGGCCUGCGUCUUCCAGAGGAUACCGCUCUUCUCCCUGGCCAAGUCCCUCGCCGAUCGAAGGUUUAUCGCCGUACUUCAGCAAUCCCUGAAAGACGUCUCCGCCCCGGUAUCCGAGUCACGACAAGCACGAGCGUCAUCGAAACGGAAGCGGGCACAUAUCAGCUUCUCUCUAGAGGACCUAAGAUCUGCCGACGGGUGUGCUGAAGGGAUCAAGGCCGUGUUCGAGGCCUUGUCGUGUCUGAUGAGACGGACGGAGGGUAUGACCAACGUCUCUGCCCGCGACAGGAUCGGCGCCGAGCACCUCAAAUCUCUCUUCGGCGGCCCCGCCGGUGAGGCGACGGCGAUCGUGGCCCCCUUGCUUAGGAUGUGCCACACCGUGCUGACGGUCGAGAACACGGAAGAAUUAGACGGUUGCGAAGACUGGAUUGAGAUAAUCGCUCUUACGUGGGACCUUCAUCUCCAGGGAAACGAUGACGUGUACGAGGUUGCGCAGAACCUCCUUGAUCCAGCGGCAGUGGUACUGGGUGAUGUCGAAGAAUCCACCAAAGGAGACCAGACUUCGGCUCAAAGGUCACUCACGAGUCGGUGGCGUACGGAUCUGACGAAUUUCCUGCACCGCAUUCUCAUCCUCCCGUCACGAUCAAUCUUCCUCAACCACCAGAACGACAAGGCUAUAGUCACAGCUCUGGACGGAUCCGAGAAGCACCUCGCCGUGGCUGCUCCCGCCAUCUACGCGCUGGCCUCCAGCGCUACGGAGGCCCUGGUCCUUCGGGGCGUGCGCAAAGGCAACGCCGAAUGGAUGAAGAAGGUGUUUGAGACCAUUGACUCGUCGCUAGGGGAGCGCGAAGACCGCAGCGCUAUCAUGAAGACUAUCCUACGCAAGUGCCGAGAACUGGCCAUGCCUGUCGACACUGGGCACCUCCGCUCUGUCUGCAAGCGCUACGCACUACACGAUGGCGAGACGGAUUGGGACCUGGUUGCGAAUCUCGCCCAAUGCGAUCCGGAUGUUUUUCAGGGGGACGAUGAUGGUGCAGGCCUCCUGAAGGAAGUCUGCCGUCGCAGUCUGCAUGUCCAAGACUCCAACCAGGCCCGGGAAGCGCUUUCAGAUGUUAUCUCAGCCAUCAUGCGAGGCUUCCGCACUGCCCGAGACUUCCCCGCGUUCUUGCGCCUGUGGUUCCGGCAGCUUUCGGAGCUGACGGGGGGCAGGUCGAAAUUGGCUUCGCGCUGGAUGCUUGUGGGACAAGAGACCAGCCCCUCGAACCUUUCUGAGCUAUCCAUUGAGCAACAUCUCUCGACAAGGCAAUUGACAGAAAUUCUGGGGUGGGCAGAGGCACAGGAGGCCGACCCCAAGACGCUUUGCUUGUGGCUGAAUGGCAUCAGCUGCGGACUGAACGGAAACGAGUACAAGGAUGCCGCCUACUCGAAGCUGUCUGAUAUCAUUCUAAAGAUAAGCAAAUCGACCUCUGAUAUUACUGCGUUGAAGUGGAGAGUGGUGGCAAGGACAUUCUCCUGGGCACCGGCCACCAAGAGGUCCGAUAUCUGGGGCGCGGUCAGAGGAACGUUGGCAAAGAUACUCAAGAAGACGCCCGUCAAUUCGGCCGAAACGUACGAGGCAUUCAAGUGCUGCACUCGCAUCUGGGUCUCAUCGAGCCCCGACGGAGAGCAGGUGUCUGAAGCUUCAGACAUUGUUGAGAAGUUCACUGUCCGCCUUGCCCAGGAGAUUAUCUCGUCAGGAAUACCCGACGACAGACUGUCGUCUUACCUGGAGUCCAGGUCCGAACCAUCAUUCGACAAGGAUGCCGCCUUCCAGCAGUACCUGGUAUGGUACAUGCGCGGAUCGACCCGGUUGAAUCGCCUCUACUUCGAGAAGAAGGCGCAGAUCCUACCGACGGUGCAGGAUGCGGUGUCGGACGCUAAGGCAAAGCCCCAGCGACUCGAACUUCUUUGGACCAGCCUGCUAGACAAUGAGCACUGCAUCAACAAGGCAAAGCUGGCCGAGGACGUUAUUACCCGUGCUAUCGAUGCAUUGGUUGCCUCGAAGAAGAGUGAAAAACAAUGGCCAGGAGAGCUCGGCCAAUUGUGGAUUCGACUGCUCUCACGACUCCCCCUCGAUGCCGUCACUCGUCCCCAGCGAGAACGUAUUAUGGACACGCUCCUAGGCGGCUUCACCCUCGAAAAAUCACAAGACAUGUCGUUGGAGGGAUGGAGGCUAGUUCUCAGCAUCGCGGCCAAGCUGAUGACACGGCCUACCUUCUUCACUGGACUCAACUUUGGUCAGCUCGCUGGAAUCGCGGAUGCGAUAUCGACUUCUCCCGCCACCCUGUCCAGUGACGAAGACAUCCUGGAAGAACUCAUCGGCCGCUACUCGACCCUGGCGUCUGCCACGAUCAGGCAAAUGGUCAUUCACAUGGAGGAACGGAGCGCGGCCUACUUUGAAGAGGCCUCGAAAUUUGCAUCGCGCUACAAGGCCAAGGAUGUCGACUCCCGGACAGUCACACCACUGUAUCUGACGCUUCUGAAGGAGGUGGUCACCGAGGUCACCAAGUCGCCCAACGCGCAGUCGCACAAGCUCCUGAAAUCUCUGUGUCUUGAUGCGCGUACGGCCCUGGAGGCCCUCAUCGCUGCCGUCGUCAAGGACUGGACCGGCGAUAAGAAACUCAUGUCGAAGCCUACCGCCGAGGCCAACCUCAGGCUGUCGGCGGCUGUCGACGCCUCCGACCUGCCGCUAGAGCUGCCGGGCCUGAGGGAGCUCGGAUCAUCCGGGAUACGGAGGCUGGAGAAGCGCAGCCUGGAGGCCAUGCGCAGCGGCCACCUCCGUGGGUGGAAGCUUCAGACGUUCCUCCAGGGACACAUGUCGCAGAAGCUCGACAGCCCCAGGCAGGCUUCAUUCCCCAGCCUGAAAGACCUGGGGGGCAAAUCGCGCGAGCGUCACCUGAAGGAGUAUAUCGAUGCCGUCGUGAGCUCCUCCGACGGCUCCGUGUUGACGCAGUACCUCGAGGUCUUGAUCAACGAAUACAACGGCGGAUGUGGUACUGAUGGUCAAUUGAUGGCUAUCGGGUACAUCAUUGACCACUUGAUCCGUAAGUUCUGCCUGACCCUUUCCACUUACGAAAAAAAAAAACCCCCCGAAAAUCAGAAAAUGGUUCACCCUGUCUUACAUAUCGUCUUGUUCCUUGCAGACUCAACAGCUGCCUUCGGCACCGAAGGAGAAUUCACCCUGUCAGCAGCGUACAAUGAGAUGACAUACGCCCUCGUCUCGCCGGCGAUUCCGACCGCGAACUCGGUCCACAUCUGCCGUAUCCUGUAUACCCUACUGGAGAAGAAGGCCCAGGCCGUCAGCCAGUGGAAUAUUGAGAGUCUCCUUGACUCGAUAGCGGUCAUGUGCAGCCGGAAGAGCUCGGGCACGAGCUCGGACUCGGAGGAAGGAACAGGAGCCCCUUUCAUCUGGCUGUGCAAGCUUGUGGAGGUCAUCGUCAAAAAGCACAGGGUUCGCCUAGAAGGCCACUACCACAUCCUCCUGGCGACGAUGCAGCCCCUCCUGCGCAACCUUAUCCAGGAGCAGACCGAGAGUCGGACCGGAGACGACGGGCUUGGUCAGGAGUCCAAAGCCAGCGCCUACGGACGCCUCGUCACGCUCGUAUGCGAGCCGACGGCGGGCGCCGUCUCGCGCUCCGUCCAGCACAGCACGCUCGAUUCGGCCACCGACGCGGCCAAGCGGUCUGCUGGUCGCCACAUGUACCUGAUCAUGAUGCAGUACGUCAAGCUGCAGCUCGAGACGGAUGUGUCGCGAGGCGUGCGCGAAGCGCUCGAACCUGCCAUGAAUGCCAUCUUUGACAUUACCACGCCCGACGGCAGGAAGAUUCUCAAUGAUGCAAUGGACGGUAGCGGGCGAGCUAUCCUGCGGGAAAUGUUCAAACGGUAUAACAGGUUUGGCAAGUGGAGCGGUGUAUAG